UAUUUGUGUGUGUGUGUGUGUGGUUUGCUAAAACAGAGCAUGGGGGUGUUCUCUAGUGGAAUGGCCUCCUUACAGGAGUUGAGAGUCUGUCUGUAAUCCUGAGUCCCUCAACUGGCGUAACUGCAACACUGCUACUGAAGACGGAGCAUGCACCAUGGCUAAAGGGAAGGGCAGAGCCAAGGGGAAGACGGUGACCCUGAAGAUGGCCAAGAACGCCAUGAGGGUGACGCCGGAUGGCCGCACUCGCCUGGACCUCAGCAACACAGGCAUUGACACCUUCCCCAAGUGCCUCCUCAAGCUUGCCGACACCCUAGACGAACUGGACCUGAGCCGCAACCAGCUGCAGAAGCUUCCAGACUGCAUCGGGGACAUGCUGUCCCUCAAGUCUCUGGAUCUCCAUAGCAACCAGCUGGAGGCCGUUCCGAUGAGCAUCGGACAACUUGUGGAGCUGUCCCACCUCAAUCUCUCCAACAACCUCUUGACCUCCGAGGGCCUACCCCAAUCGCUGGGCUCCCUUACUGGCCUACGGAGCCUCAAUCUGGGCAUGAACAACCUGGAUAGCCUACCUGCUUCUAUGGUGGCUCUCACCAGCCUCCAGGAGCUGGGCCUGUUUGAUAACCUCCUGAGCCAUCUGCCUGAGUUUGUAAGACACCUCCCCAAUAUCAGCAAGAUCAACACCAAGAGAAACCCCCUGUCUAGCAACCAGGGGGCCGGGGGACUGGGGGCCAGGGGGGAGCUCAGUCUAUACCUGGCCAACGAAGCCAGUCUGUGUAAAAACUGUGUGGCGAGGUGCAGGGAGGAGAGGGACAGGAAGAUGGAGAAGAAGAAAGGAGGAGGAGACGAGGAGAACAGGAGGCCGUUCUCAGGGCUCAUCACGCCCAACUCUGUGGCACAGCUUAAUCAGGAGGCGUGGAGGUGAGGAGAGGACGGAGGAGCUAGCCAAUCAAUGGCCAGGGAAGGAUGCAACAAAUUUUGUUUGAGACGCUGCUGUUUAUUCUCAUCAUAAUCUCAAAUACCAAUUAGACAGACGACACACACACAGUGGAAGCGUGUAUUCAACCCAACAACAUUGAACUGUUUCUUUUUGUGAUCAUUUUGUGAUAAUGACCGUUUACCAUGUU